CCCGCUCUGCCGCCCGCCUCUCGGCGGGCGCGGGGAAGCGGCGCAGCCGUCCUGCCCGUCCCCUCAGCGCCGCGGGCAGGCGUCUCUUCAGGGGAGUCCUCUCCUCUGAGCGCCGGGAGGACGGAGACUUCCCCGGGUAUCGCCCGGAUCGGCGUUUCCUCCGCUCUCGUCACCCUCCAGGAGCGGCGGAGGAAAGGAUUGGCUCGCCCCCUUCCUCCGCCGGCAAGGGCAGCCCUCUUAAGCGCUGCAGUGGGCUGAAGUGGGUCAAAACGAGGACGGUCUCACCACUUCGGUUACUGCAAGGAGGCAGGUUUUUCUUCCCUCGGUGUACAGCGUGAGAAAGGAGAGAGCGCCCUGCCCAAGCACCGUCCUGUGAAUAGGUUAGAUGUGCCUUUGGAGUAGCUUAUGUCACCACAGAUACAUCAGAUGCCUUGAUAGAGGAUGGAGUUUUCUUCGUAGUAACCAAUUUUCAGUCAAUUACUUGCAUGGUAAUAAUUGUCCUGGUAGAGGUGUGUAGAACUAUGGUGCCUAUGUGUUGUUGAAAAGAUGAGCCAGAGGAAAUAUCUUCCUGCAAAGAUGCAAAAGUACAAAAUCACAAAAGACAGAAAUGGCUAUGGGAAAUUCUUACGCUGGUCAGCUCAAGACAACACGGUUUGAAGAAGUGUUGCAUAAUUCUAUUGAGGCCUCUCUCCGCUCAAACAACUUGGUUCCCAGACCAAUCUUUUCUCAGUUGUAUUUGGAAGCUGAACAGCAACUGUCAUCACUGGAAGCAGGCAGCAGAGCAGAUAAUGAGGAGGAAGAAGAAGAGGAGGAGGAAGAAGGCUCAGAAUCAAGUAGUCCUCCUGUUUCUUACCAGAUGAAGCCUCCCCCAGAAGGAUGUUGCACUACUGAUGGUUUCUGCCAGGCUGGUAAAGAUUUGAGACUGGUUUCUAUUUCCAAUGAACACAUUGAGGUACCAGCAGGGUUUUUACUUGUUGGUGCUAAGUCACCAAAUUUACCUGAUCACCUUUUAGUGUGUGCUGUGGAUAAAAGAUUCCUGCCAGAUGACAAUGGGCGCAAUGCCCUGUUGGGUUUCUCUGGCAAUUGUGUUGGCUGUGGCAAGAAGGGUUUCUGCUACUUUACAGAAUUCUCAAAUCACAUUAAUCUUAAACUGACCACUCAGCCCAAGAAACAGAAACACUUAAAGUAUUAUCUGGUCAGGAAUGCACAGGGAGCUCUGACCAAAGGAUCUGUAAUCUGCUGGAAAGGGGCAGAGUUCAGAGGCCGACAGUCUUCAUCCAGCACCUGCUCAAGCACAUUGUUCCAACUGCCAGAAAGUUCGGGCCUCUCGGGAAGCACCUCAAGCGAGCCGCUCCCAGCAGCAAACCCAAGUGCUCCAGCUGGGACUCAGCAGACAGCUGCAGCCAUAGAUCACAUCCCUUCAACAGCAGCGUUCAGCUCAGCAGUUUAUAAUGGCAAGGAAUCACCUAAACAACAGUUGGUGAAAAAUAACCUGUCUGCUCUGACAAGACCUUCGGUGUUAGGCACUUUAACAAAUUCAGGGCCUCCAAAAAAGCGCCAUAAAGGUUGGUCACCAGAAUCUCCAUCAUCUACUGAAACUUGGAACUUGCAGCUCAACCCACAGGCUCCAAACAGAAUUAAAAAUGACGGAGGAAGCCUAUCAUCUUUACCACAUUCUGCUUUGGUGGGGCCAGCCUCAUCUCCAAUGGUGGGCUCAGGAGAACCAGUCUCAGUUCCUGACAACUUGCUGAAAAUCUGUAAAGCAAAGCCAGUUAUUUUUAAAGGUCAUGGAAACUUCCCAUAUCUUUGUGGGAACAUUAAUGAUGUGAUAGUGAGUCCUUUGUUGUACACCUGUUACAGAAAUUCACAGUCUUUAUCUAGAGCAUAUGAACAAUAUGGUGCCUCCACAAUACAGCCUAUUUCAGAGGAAAUGCAGCUCUUACUGACUGUCUACUACCUUGUCCAACUAGCCUCGGACCAGGUCCCUUUGAUUGAGGAUUUGGAACAAAUAUUCAUGCGUUCAUGGCGGGAAUCACACCUGUCUGAAAUCCGUCAGUACCAACAGGCUAUUCCACAGACUUUUCCUCAAGUGCCCAGCCAGAUUGCACCAGUGACUUCAGCCCAGCUUCCCUGGCUGGCGGGCCUCGCAGCUAGCUCUUGUAAUGAUAGUGUCCAUAUCAUUGAAUGCAGCUACUCUCUGGCUGAAGGGCUUUCAGAAAUGUUUAAGCUGCUCAUUGAAGGAAAAUUAAUAAAGACAAACUAUGUGGUGAUCAUAUGUGCCAGUAGAAAUCGAGCCAUCGAUUCCUGCAUUGUGAUAACAGGAAAGUAUCAGGCAAGAGUUCUGUCUGAGAGCAUGCUCACUCCUUCAGACUACCAAAAAGAAGUUAACUAUCAGCUGGUCACAGGGAAAGUGGAAACUCUGGGGUCCUUCUUUAGCACACUCUGCCCAGAGGGUGACAUUGAUCUUUUGCUGGAGAAAUUUUACCAGGAAAACCAAGGACACAUCUCUUCAUCACUUUCUGCUUCAGUGAAUAAACCAAUAGCACUGAAUGGAACUGGAACAGCUGCGUGUACAAGUUAUGAGAUUGAACGACAUCAGAUUCGUCCAUUCCAGCUAGCAGUGGCUCAGAAAUUGCUGUCUCAUAUUUGCUCAAUUGCUGACUCCAGCACUCAAAAUCUUGAUUUGGGUUCUUUCGAGAAAAUUGAUUUCUUGAUUUGUGUUCCACCCUCCGAAGUGACUUAUCAGCAGACUUUGUUUCAUCUCUGGCACUCAGGUAUUUUAUUAGAACUUGGAUUAGAGAAGGAACACCUUACAAAGCAGAGGGUGGAACAGUAUGUUAUGAAACUAGAUGCAGAGGCCCAGAUUAAAUUCAAAGUCUUUUUACAAAACUCUAUGCAGAAUCCACAUACGCUGUUUGUCCUAAUCCAUGAUCACGCACACUGGGAUCUAAUGAGUGCUAUGCAUAGCCUUUAUCCUCAAACAGAACUGUCUACAGGACUUGUUGAUAGACUGUUGAACUGCAGGGAGGUGAAAGAGGCGCCAAAUAUUGUGACCCUCCACGUGACUUCCUUCCCCUAUGCGCUGCAGACACAGCAUACUCAUAUCAGCCCUUACAAUGAGAUCCACUGGCCUUCUUCAUACAGCAAUGGUGUAGAUUUAUACCAUGAAAACAAGAAAUACUUUGGACUGUCAGAAUUCAUUGAGUCCACCCUCUCUGGACAUAGCAUUCCACUGCUUCGGUAUGACAGCUCUUUUGAAGCAAUGGUCAUGGCUUUGGGAAAGAGGUUCCCCAGAUUACACAGUGCAGUGAUAAGGACUUUUGUCCUCAUACAACACUACUCUGCAGCUAUGAUGGCAGUGUGUGGUCUUUCUCAGAUGAAGAAUUACACCUCAGUUGAAACUCUGGAAAUCACCCAAAACCUAAUAAACUCUUCAAGACAAUGUCCUAGUGGUCAUGGCCUCAUGGUAGUGUUGAGAAUUCCAUGUACUCCGCUGGCUGCAGUGGCAUAUGAACGUCUGUAUAAUGUAAGGGAAAGACUAGCCCUUGAAGAUAACUUUGAAAUAAUCUUGGGAAAUCCUAAUUCUGGAAUCACAAUAGGGAAGCACUUUGUGGAGCAGCUAAAGGCCUGGCAGAAAAUUGAAGAUGUAGAUUGGAGGCCACAGACCUAUUUGGAAUUGGAAGGUUUGCCUUGUAUAUUGAUAUUUAGUGGUAUGGAUCCACAAGGGGAGUCUUUGCCACGAUCACUGAGAUACUGUGACCUACGUUUAAUAAAUUCAUCUUCUUUGGUAAGGACAACCUUGGAGCAAGAACUUGGUUUGGCAGCAUACUUUGUGAGCUCAGAAAUUCACACAGAGAAAGCAGUUGUGAAUGAUGUGUUAGAAAGUGACCCAGAGAAACUAAGCAGCACUGAUAAUGAAGAUGAAGAAGUAGCGACGGAAGGUUCUACUUCAGAAAAGAGAAGCCCUAUGAAAAGAGAAAGAUCUCGUUCCCAUGACUCUGCAUCUUCAUCUCUCUCUUCAAAAGCUUCCAUUACAGCAUUCUGCAGUGAGUCAUCUCCUCCUUUAAUAGCAGCAGGGGAUACAGCAAAAUCCUCCCACCAAGUCCUAAGCAACAGCGCUGAAGAAACUACAAAUAACUAUGAAAGGCAGAAGCAGAAAGUAGACAAGGGGGCACAAACAACAAUCAGCAAACAUUUGCCACCAGUAACUGAACAGCUGGAUACGAAACAAAACAUAAAAAGUGCCCAAAUUUCCAUCACCUCGUCAUCCUCCUCACCUUUCUCCUCCUCUUCUUCCUCCUCUGCACCUACUCAUAACUCCUUCAUCCUACAGACCUCUCAGUGCUCCAUGACCAAAGCAUCAAAACAGCCUCCCAUAGUUUUCCUGCCCAAACUGGUUUAUGACAUUAUUACUUCUACGGACAGCAGUGGACUUCCCAAAUCAUCUUCCCUCUUGCCUUAUCAUUCUGUUAUGUGGGCAAGUUCUUUUCGUCCUCUUAUGAGUAAGAUGAUGACUUGCACGGAGCAGUCUCUAUACUACCGCCAAUGGACGGUUCCCAAGCCAAUCCAUAUGGACUACAACAAUAGAAAUGAGGGCAGAAUGGACACCUUUCAUCCAAGGAGGCUGCUGCUGAGUGGGCCACCACAGAUAGGGAAAACAGGUGCCUAUCUGCAGUUCCUCAGUAUUUUGUCCCGAAUGCUGAUUAGACUGACAGAAGUGGAUGUUUAUGAUGAGGAAGAAAUCAACAUUAACAUAAAAGAAGAAUCUGAUCAAUACUACCAUCAGCCUGGAGAUAUGUGGCCAGAUUUGGAGACAUUUAAGAAGAUGCCUUUUGACUACACUAUCCAUGAUCCAAAAUAUGAAGAUGCAAGUCUGAUUUGUUCAAAGCUUCAGACUAUAAACAGUGAAGAGCGAUCAAUGAGCAGGAGACAGGAGGAUAUGUAUACACGCCGUCAAACAACUAGGAUGAGAUUGUCCAAGUAUGCAGCAUAUAACACCUACCAUCACUGUGAACAAUGUCAUCAGUAUAUGGGUUUCAAUCCCAGGUACCAGCUUUAUGAGUCCACUCUGCAUGCAUUUGCCUUUUCCUAUUCUAUGCUGGGAGAAGAGAUCCAGCUGCAUUUUAUCAUUCCAAAGUCAAAGGAGCAUCACUUUGUCUUUAGCCAACCAGGAAGACAAUUGGAAAGCAUGAGGCUACCGCUAGUCACAGAUAAGAGUGAAGAUUACAUAAAAAGCCCCACUUUUACUCCCACCACUGGUCGUCAUGAACAUGGACUUUUCAAUUUAUAUCAUGCAAUGGAUGGAGCCAGUCAUUUGCAUGUUUUAGUUGUCAAGGAAUAUGAAAUGGCCAUAUAUAAGAAGUAUUGGCCCAACCACAUCAUGCUUGUUCUUCCAAGCAUUUUCAACAGUGCAGGAGUAGGUGCUGCACACUUCCUCAUAAAAGAGUUGUCUUACCAUAACUUGGAGCUUGAACGAAAUCGGCAAGAGGAGCUGGGGAUAAAACCCCAGGAUAUUUGGCCUUUCAUUGUCAUUUCAGAUGACUCCUGUGUUAUGUGGAAUUCAGUAGAAUUUGAUUGUUCAGGAGACAGGAAAAGUGACUAUACGUGGACUGAAAGGAAUGUUUCCUUGAAGCAAAUUCUGCAACAUAUCGAAGCAACUCCCAAUGUCACUCACUAUGCCUUAAUUGGGAUGAGGAAAUGGUCCAGUAAAACAAACAGUGCUGAGAUCAAGGAACCAUUCUCCUGCUGCCAUGUGCAUGAUUUCAUUAUGCUGAAUGUCGAUCUGACACAGAAUGUACAGUACAAUCAGAACAGAUUUACCUGUGAUGAUGUUGACUUCAACUUGCGUGUCCACAGUGCUGGCCUUCUCAUCUGUCGGUUCAAUCACUUCAGUGUCAUGAAAAAGCAAAUUGCAGUAGGAGGACAGCGAUCCUUCCACAUUAAGUCUAAGGUAUCUGACACUCCAGUUUCAAUCUCCCCUGCUCAGUACAUUUGUGCUCCUGACAGCAAGCAUACCUUCUUGGCAGCACCUGCUCAGUUGCUCCUUGAAAAAUACCUCCAGUAUCACAGCCAUCGCUUCUUCCCUCUCUCACUGAAGAAUUAUAGCCAUCCAGUACUAUCUGUGGACUGUUACCUUAACUUAGGACCACAGAUUGCAGUUUGCUAUGUGAGUUCUCGGCCUCACUCUCUGAAUAUCAGUUCCUCUGGUUUGACAUUCAGUGGUCUCCUGCUAUACCUCUGUGACUCCUUUGUUGUAGCCAGCUUUUUGAAGAAGUUUCAUUUUCUUAAAGGUGCCACCCUGUGUGUGAUUUGUCAAGAUCGCAAUUCUCUUCGCCAGACUGUUGUCCGGCUAGAGCUGGAAGACGAAUGGCAGUUCCGACUGCGGGAUGAAUUCCAGACUGCCAAUGCAAAAGAGGACAGACCACUUUUCUUCCUGACUGGACGACAUAUUUAAUUGAAAAAGGGCACAUUUCCUGAAUGAUACAAGAGACUACUUGCUACAAUCUCACAAAAUUACUUUUGAGAGGCUCUGCUUUCUGAACAGAAAGAGGACUGGUUUCCAUUGUUUAUUAGAAUAUCUAAUGAGACAAUUUACACUCAUAUUUUUUAUUUUCACUCAAACAUUGAAGUGACUUUUCGAAUUUAAUUGUCUGACAGAAGUCAUUCCUAAUUCCUGGGAGAGACACUGAAACUUACUACUCCCCAUUGCAGAAAUAAUUUUGGAUCAGAAGGAAGGUCAAUGAGUGCACUUCUUCUGUGACAAAAAAGACCACAUCCAAGUUCAUAAGAAAGAGUUUUAGAAAACUUUUUGUACAUUCCAGAAAUAGGAAAUGUAAAUUUAGGAGCAGAUUUUGUUUUACAAGUCUUAUUUAUCUAACAGUUGGCACAAGGCAACAGGAAUUGUUACAGUUUUGUGGUAUACUGCUACUGAUUGAUCCAGGUAGGCUUUUUAUAUGAAGAUUUGUAAAGUAUAUUUCUGUAGUAGUGGGAACUCAGUUGGAGCCUUAAUUUUUGGAACAGGUGCCACACUGGAUAGUUUUACCAUACAGGACUCUUGGGAUAGAGGCAUAAUUAUGUGUCUGGUUUUAUUAGCAUAAGGAAGAGAGUCAAGAAAGUGGAUUUUAAAGUGAGAUCUGAACAUUUAAACCUGAAACUGAAAUUACCUUAAGUAACUGAAGAGAUCAAAUGGUGAGACUGACCUGCAAGUGACUUAUUACAUCUAGAACAGUGGUGUUUUCUGGAUUCUCAUUAAACUGUUGCACUGGCUGCAGACUUCAAGCUGGGCCCAGUGCACUCAAGACAGCAGAUGAGACGGUUCUGAAACCCUCCCAAUACACUUUCUGGGGAUAUUUUCUUGCCAAGGUGCUUCAAAAGAAUGAGAAAAUGGAGACUACAUCUCUGAGGAAUUCAGGUGGAAAUCUAAAAACGUGUUCUAGAAUGGCACCAGGCAUCACGGUAUUUUGUAUGCUCUAAAUGUGAAGUCAGUGAUCACAGACUUUGUCUAGGUUUUUGGAAAUACUCUCUGAGCUGCAAACUUCCUGUUUGUCUUUAUAGAAUCAGUGUUAACUUCACUCAGUCUGGGUGCAGGAAGGAUGAGCACAGACAUUGUCAGAAGACAUCUAAUACUUGGGCAGUCCUUUCUUGCUGGAUACACCAAUGGGAGGAUCAUUGAUUUUAUACUGAUGAAAUGCCAUUAGGUGGCUGAGUCCGUUACGGUACUGGCCUUGAAAUGCAGACAUCAGUAUGACUAUGCCAAAGAGAUAAUUUAGGUUCAUUUACAGGGAAAAGAUAAGUUCUGUAAGUUUGAGAGACUUAGAUUGCUAUGUACAAGGUAACUGCUAGAAAUCAGUGGGUUUCUUUAUUUCAUUGUCCUUGUUUCAGAGUGAGAAUUCACUUUUAAGUUUUGGGAAGGAAGGUGAGCAUUGUCCUAUGUAAAUAGUAUUACCUGUUCAGUUUUCACCAGUUGUUUAGUUAAUUUAAACUUUUUUAAAGAAGUGUGACAUUCAUGUCUAAUCCAUCCUUUAUAAAUAAAGUUCAUGCUGCAUGGA